AUGUGCGAGAAGGCCAGGGGGUGCAACUUCAUGAAAUGCGAGGUGUGACCUAUGCAAGACAUACACACACGUCUAUCCAUGUGGCUGCCUGCGUGUGUGUGUGUGUGUGUGUGCGUUCAGAGUUCGCAAUGUCGCGGCCAGGGAGUCUACUUCUGCUACAUCUGUGGGGUACAACUCCCAAUCGAGGAGAUAUGGAUAAGUCACACUCACACAUGAGAGGGGGAGACCACACACAUACAAACAAAAGAGACACACACAGACUCACACACAACCGAUGCGAUUCGAGGUGUGUGUGCGUGUCUGCAGCACUACAGCCACUUCCCGAAUGGCCCGUACGAGUACUGUUGCGUGAAUGUUCCCCAACCGGCCCGACUACCGCCGAGUGAACAACCAGGUACGGAUGGAUGUACGGCUGUCACCGGGCUGUGUGCGUAUGUGCGACUGACCGUGUGUGUAGAGUUGCUGCCCAAUUUGCCCCCCGACAACCCCGCCCCGCCUGAUGCCCUUACUGACCCGCCCGCCUUCUCUGCCGCCUUCCCUGACGCCAUCAACGACCCAGGUACAUACGAUCAGUGUGUGUCUGUACUCGUUCGUGUAUGUGUGUGUGUGUGUGUGUUGUGUUCAGGCAUCCGACCACUGGGUCCCCUGGGCGCCCGGUCGGUCGCCGGCAUACGGCGAGUGGGAAGAGACCUGCUCAACCAAAGGCUGCACAGUGAGUGGGUGGCUGGGAUGGAUGGAUGGAUGUACUGCUCUAUGUGUAUGUGUGUAUGUGUGACUGACCGUGUGUGUAGACGUGCUGCCUGGUGCUGACCCUCCGGCUGACCUGCCUGUCCCCUGA